ACCAUCUGCCGCUCUAUCUUUUUAUAAUGAAAGACUGUUCAUCUAACGUUGAAACAGCUGAUAUGAGUCGUUGUGUCAAAACAUUUUUGGAAACUGUGUGUAUUGUUCUUUUCCACGUAUUUGGUUCUGAAUGACUUGGAAAGUAUAAAAGAACCAACACUAAGCAAAAAUAUGUAUGAUCUAUAUAAAAGUGUCCAAAAGAAUGGUGCCUUCUGGCGAAUCGUGCCGUGUCACAACCUUCUAGGCUUCAUUUUUCUGUUAUAUCGUACCACCUGUGAACCGUUGCCAUAAAAUAGUGAUUAAUAAUGGCACACAAUGAGAAAAUUUUUGCUUGCUCCUCAUCCGGUUGCAAUAUGAGUUUUGCAAACGAGGACCAGUUAUCAGUUCAUAAGAAGAAACAUGAUAUGAUGUUAAAUCUUGGAAAUAGUUCCAAGAAUGGCAGUUUUGUUGCAGAUCAAACACCAACGCCAACACGUUUCAUUCGAAACUGUGAGGAAGUUGGCCUAUUCCAAGAUUUACAAAAUGUAAAUCCUUUCGAAGAAACUUUUAGGAGGGCAGUGGAGUCUGGGAACACUGGCACGCUGGCAGUACCAGAGGCUGGAAUUACGGAUGAUACUUUGCAUACACCGCACAUAUUUCCUCACAUAGCCGACGUGCUGUCUACUAGCAGUCAAAUGUUGUCAGAAAAUUCAGUGCAAGAAUGUGGAAGCAUCUCGAUCACUGAAAAAAGCACAGAGGAAAAAACUACCAUUCAUACUGAAGUUUGCAGUACAGUAAAACUCACUGAAACGGAUGAACAGAACUUAAUGAAGGAAAAGUUAACCAUUGAACGAAAUGUGACCUUAACAGAGAAUGUUAUCGAUCAAGUUACGCAAACGCCAAUAAUGCCGAAAGUUUUACAAGAACAACCUAGUCCACAAUUAUUGAUUAACGGCGAGGAGGUACAGCUACUACUAAAAACGGCAGAUGGAAAAUUAAUGCAACUCUCAGCAAUUCCAGUUUGCGAUUCUGUUGGUACAACAAACGUGCAGUCAUUGAAGCAACAAACGGUUGUCAUAAAGACGGAACCACUUUUGCAAUGUAAUACAAGAUUGGAGUCCAAGAAUCCAACGGUUUCUACACUAUCUUUAGCAAAAAUGAAAUUAAAACAAACACUAACGAAAAGUUCACAAAAUUUAAAACCGAAUAGCAAUUUCUCGAAAGAUGAGUUAAAUAAUUCAAAAAAGAAUAGAAAUAAAACGGUAGAAGAUCAAUUGAAAAAGAAAGAAAUUCUCGAACGUAAUCGUGCUAGCGCGAUGAGGGCAAGAGCUAAAAGAAAAGCGUGGAUACAGCAGCUGGAAAGGACGGUUACCAAUGUGAAUGAGACCAACGUGGCUCUAAAAAUGGAAAUCAAAGUUCUACGAACGGAGGUUGCUAAAUUAAAAACGCUUCUAUUGGCUCACAAAGACUGUCCAAUUACAAAGGCGAUGCAAAAAGGAAAUGGUAUAAUACUUGGUCCAAAAAUAAUAUCCGUAAAUUCUGAUACUAUAACAAACCCAGUUCCAGUAGCAUCUGCGAUAAAAAGGACGACCUUCUCUUCCAUGGAAGUGCCUAUUACACCGAAGAAAAAAUUAUCUCUGGCAGUCUCGAAAAACCCUAUAAUAUUUCCAAAAGUAGAUUGCAAUACAAAUUUAUCAAUUCCUAAUGCUACGUUAAUAAAAACAGUACCUACUUUAAAAAUUAUGGGUGUCGGUCAACUAUUAACAGAAAAGGAAGAAACGAAGCAAAUUUUUAUUGUACAAAAUCCUAUGAAGAAAGUGGAGAAUCCUACUAGGCAAAUAAUUCAAAUUAACCCUAAUUACGAGAUUGAUCAGAGCGCGUCAAAGACUAAUGAACCGUGAAUGUAAUUUAUUGGACACUUCAAAAUUUUGCUCAAAGGUAUAAAAGACAAGUAUCGUAAAUAGUCGUUAAACAAUUUCAGUUAUACUAAUUCUCCGUGAGGAAUUGGCGUAGAAUUACGAGCACGUCGUAAUUCGUAAUUGGGUUACGACUGUUUCAAAUUUCGCGCGUUGCGGUUGACAGGAGUUCGGCGGGUUUCAUACUACAAGGCGUAACGAUUCUCUUUUAUUCACGCGAUAUGUUUGAACUCAUUUAGGUUUAAAUCAGCAAACAAGAGAGGAGAGAACAGAGGUGCUGCAUUGAUACUAUUGUUUCAUAAUAGGUAGGGCAAGAGUAUCAUCCCGGAAAUUUUCAAUUUUCACACAGUGCCUGUCGCGUGUAUAUCUGCGGGUGCGUCUGUGAAAGAAAUCAUACAAGUAUUUAUCUAUUAUAAUAAAUAGAGUAUUUUUUCUGGUAA